UGGGGUGGGAGGGGUGGGGGGGGUGGAAUCCAGGGCCUACUGUGUGCUAGGCAAGCAAGCUACAUCCCCAGGUCAGAAUGGAACUACUUUUUACUAGGAUGGGUACAUGAACACGCAUCCAUCGACGUGUGUAAUAGCAUUGCAGAGGGUCGUGGUGCACAUGCGUAAUCCUGGAAUCAUUCUUGGCAAUCGAGUGAGCUUGGCCUGUGUGACAUGAGACCCAGUCUCAAAACGCAAUGGAACAUACAUAGCAAUAUAACAAAAAAAAAGUGAUUUUUGCUACAUACACUUAAGAAUCGAGUCAUAAAAAUAAAGCAACACUAGCAGAUGGUGGAUAGAAAUAACGUGAGCAGUUCAGUGGGGGAAAGGCUCCCAGAUCUUCCUGGGGAACAGUCGGGUGUGUAUUUUUACUACAGUGAUGGUGGUUACACAAAUUUAGAUAUGACAAAAUGAUAGGAGUUUUACCCCAAUGUCGGUUUCCUGCUUUUGAUGUAAACCGUAGAAGGAACUGAGUGAAAAGCAGAGUUGUUUCUGUGUAUUCUUUUAACAACUUCUUGUUAAUCUGUGCAUUGAGACUAAUCCUGUUAUUGUAUUUAUUGAGCAUCCUCCCAUUGGCAUACACGAGCAUGUGCAUAAACUUUAUCCGUGAAUACUUUUAACAAAACGGCGGUAUAUUGCAUCAUGGUCCUGAACCUUACUAUUUUUUUUCUUUGGUGACUUUUCCAAAUUAUAUAGACAUUGGGUAUUGUACAGUCUUUUCCUGGAUGCAUAAUACUCUGUUCCAAAUUGGUCCCAUAAUGCAUUUCAAUUUAUUGAUUAACACUGGUAUCUUAACAAGGAAUUGCACUUAAAUAAUUUGGAAAUUUUUACAAUAUGAAAGAUUAGCUAGAAUUUGAUUGAGGCCAAUUUUUUUCACGGAUUUCAUAGGACCAACCACCAGAAUAUCUUUUAAUUAGAAGCAAGAACACGAAGGACAGAAGGAAAACGCUGGGAAAUUUCCUGGGUCCAAUGGGAAGCAGUGAGCCUGCAGUUUGGAAUUACUGCCGGGAAUUCGCCAUAAGGGCAGGGAGUGGAAUGGGGGAAGGUUGAAGAGGAGGAACUACAGAUGUAGGAGGCCAUGCUCCAAACCCAGCCUUCCCAGGGCUCAGAUAUACUUAAGUGUAUCCAGGCUAGGCACUGUGACGGUGCGUGGCCACCAGGCGGGUUCCUACCACUCCCACCAUCACCUCCCCCACCCCCGCCUCCAGCCCACGCGCGCAAGGGGAGCACACGUGGUGACCUGCCUGGGGCUGGAUUCCGGGCUCCAGCUCCUCCUCCCUCCCUCCAGCUCGCGCUCGGCUUGCUGCAGUAUCACGUGCAACCGCGCCGGGUGCAGGAUGGCGGCGGCGGCCGCGGCGGCAGCAGCGCUGGGUGUCAGGCUCCGGGACUGCUGCAGCCGGGGCGCCGUACUCCUGCUCUUCUUCUCCCUGUCCCCUCGGCCCCCGGCCGCCGCUGCCUGGUUACUGGGUCUGCGACCCGAAGACACUGCCGGAGGCCGCGUGUCUCUGGAGGGGGGCACCCUGCGGGCGGCCGAAGGCACCAGCUUCCUCCUGCGGGUCUACUUCCAGCCUGGCCCGCCGGUCCCCGCCGCGCCCGUGCCCGCACCCUCCCUGGCCCCGGGGGAAAACGGCACGGGCGAUUGGGCCCCGCGGCUCGUGUUCAUCGAGGAGCCCCCGGGCGCGGGCGGCGCGGCGCCCAGCGCGGUCCCCACGCGUCCCCCGGGACCUCAGCGCUGCCGCGAGCAGAGCGACUGGGCGUCGGACGUGGAGGUCCUGGGGCCCCUGCGCCCCGGGGGCGUGGCGGGCUCGGCCCUGGUCCAGGUGCGGGUGCGGGAGCUGCGGAAGGGCGAGGCGGAGCGCGGCGGCGCGGGCGGCGGCGGGAAGCUCUUUUCGCUGUGCGCCUGGGACGGGCGCGCUUGGCACCACCACGGCGCCGCCGGCGGCUUCCUGCUGCGCGUCCGCCCGCGCCUCUACGGCCCGGGUGGGGACCUGCUGCCGCCCGCGUGGCUGCGAGCGCUCGGGGCGCUCCUGCUGCUGGCCCUGUCCGCCCUGUUCAGCGGCCUGCGCCUGAGCCUGCUCUCGCUGGACCCGGUGGAGUUACGGGUGCUGCGGAACAGUGGCUCGGCCGCCGAGCAGGAGCAGGCGCGCCGCGUGCAGGCCGUGCGCGGCAGGGGGACCCAUCUGCUCUGCACCCUGCUCCUGGGCCAAGCCGGCGCCAAUGCCGCGCUGGCCGGCUGGCUGUACGCCUCGCUGCCGCCGGGCGUCGGGGACCCCGGGGAGGACUCCGGCGAGGCGGGGGUUCACUUCCCGUGGCUGCCGGCGCUGGUGUGCACCGGCGCCGUGUUCCUGGGAGCCGAGAUCUGUCCGUACUCGGUGUGCUCGCGCCACGGGUUGGCCAUCGCCUCGCACAGUGUGUGCCUGACCCGGCUCCUCAUGGCGGCUGCCUUCCCGGUGUGCUACCCUCUGGGCCGCCUCCUGGACUGGGCUCUGCGCCAGGAGAUCAGCACCUUCUACACGAGGGAAAAGCUGCUGGAGACGCUGCGGGCCGCCGACCCUUACAGCGACCUGGUGAAGGAAGAGCUCAACAUCAUUCAGGGAGCCCUGGAGCUGCGCACCAAGGUGGUAGAGGAGGUGCUGACCCCUCUAGGGGACUGCUUCAUGUUGCGCUCUGACGCCGUGCUUGACUUCGCCACUGUAUCCGAGAUCCUCCGUAGUGGCUACACUCGCAUCCCGGUGUAUGAGGGCGACCAGAGGCACAACAUUGUGGACAUUCUGUUCGUCAAAGACUUGGCCUUUGUGGACCCGGACGACUGUACCCCGCUGCUCACAGUCACCCGCUUCUACAACAGGCCCCUGCAUUGUGUCUUCAAUGAUACCCGGCUGGACACUGUACUGGAGGAGUUUAAGAAGGGAAAAUCUCACUUGGCCAUUGUCCAGAGAGUGAACAACGAGGGUGAAGGAGACCCUUUCUAUGAGGUGAUGGGCAUUGUGACUCUGGAGGACAUCAUAGAAGAGAUCAUCAAGUCGGAGAUCCUCGACGAAACUGACCUCUACACUGACAAUCGGAAAAAGCAGAGGGUCCCACACCGGGAGAGAAGGCGGCAUGAUUUCUCUCUGUUCAAGCUUUCAGACUCCGAGAUCAGAGUCAAGAUCUCGCCACAGCUGCUGCUUGCCACACACCGCUUCAUGGCCACAGAAGUGGAGCCCUUUAAGUCCCUGUACCUUUCGGAGAAGAUCCUGCUCCGGCUUCUGAAACAUCCCAACGUGAUCCAGGAGCUUAAGUUUGAUGAGAGGAACAAGAAAGCCCCAGAACACUACCUCUACCAGCGCAACCGCCCGGUGGACUAUUUUGUGCUGCUCUUACAGGGGAAAGUGGAAGUGGAGGUUGGUAAGGAAGGCCUUCGCUUUGAGAACGGAGCCUUUACCUACUAUGGUGUUCCAGCCAUCAUGACCAGCGCUUGCUCAGAUAAUGACGUGCGGAAGGUUGGAAGUCUGGCUGGAUCCUCUGUCUUCCUGCCCGUCUCUGUGUCUCGUACCUUCGCCUUCAGCAGAGGGGACUCUCUGGCAGGCUCCCCAGUAAACCGGUCCCCUUCUCGCUGCAGCGGGUUGAAUCGCUCCGAGUCUCCAAACCGAGAGCGCAGUGACUUCGGCGGAAGCAACACGCAACUGUACAGCAGCAGCAACAACCUCUACACACCUGACUACUCGGUGCACAUUCUCAGUGAUGUGCAGUUCGUGAAGAUCACACGACAACAGUACCAGAACGCACUCACGGCCUGCCACAUGGACAGCUCACCCCAGUCCCCGGAUAUGGAAGCCUUCACUGAUGGGGACUCCACCAAGGCCCCCACCACCCGGGGCACACCCCAGACUCCAAAGGACGACCCGGUCCUCACCCUCCUGAGCAACAGGACCAGCUUGCCAUGCAGCCGCUCGGAUGGUCUGAGAAGCCCAGGCGAGGUUGUGUACCUGAGGAUGGAGGAGAUGGCCUUCCCCCAAGAAGAGAUGCCCAACUUUGAGGAGCACAGGUCACAGCAAGUCUCGCUGUCCCCUGUCGCAGUUCCUACAACAGCAGGUUGGAGACCUGAGUCUGCUCUCCCUUCAGCUUCGGAUCCUGAAUGCUGUAAUAUCCACCUGGAUCCAGAGGCCAGCCCCUGCAGCAGCGACUCUGAGGAAAACAUGGGCAAGAAGCUGCUGAGAACCUUGAGUGGCCGGAAAAGAAAGAAGUCCGCAGACGGGGAGCGAGCCUCCGAGGAAAACUCCAAUUUAACGCCCCUGAUCACAUGACCAGGUCUUCCCUCAUUGGCUGAGUGUGAGACUCUGAGGCUUUGGGGGAAGACCCACCCUCCCGUCACUCGCCACCCCCAAGGCCUCCCAUCAGUGACAGAACAUUCGGCCCUUCACCCUUCACCCCUCAGUCAGUCUGGCACGUUUUAUCAGUUGCCUCCAGUCUGACACAGAAGGAGACGCCUGUAAUGGAAGACGCUAGAAAUGGUUUUGUCUGUAGCAUAGUCUAAGAACUGGCCAGGGCCGACGCAAAGCUGAGAAUGCCAUUCUGAGGCUCCCAAUAAUAAUCUUUGUUCUUUGGUGUCCCUGGGCCACAGGAGACCCAUGUCCUGGAAUUCACCAUUCUUUCUUCCAGGACAAAAUAAUGCUUUCUACCAUAGUUCAUGCUUAGCAUUCGCUCAGACAGUGAUGCGGGCAGAGAGGUGUACUGGAGUCUAGAGGAGCCGGUGUGAAAAUCAGCUCCAGGGAUGGACAGAUGGACAAGGAUUGUUCCCUGUUAGUGUGUGGAUUCUCCCCACAGCCUGGGGAAGGGCAGUUCGGCUGCAGUGAAGAAAGAGAGAGGAAGCCCUGAGUCCCUGUAUCUCCCAGAGACGUCAGUUUGGGCUUCCCGAGUCUAUAAGCUUGCUUCAGAAGAGGAGGUUCAGGGGACACAGAGACCAAGUUGUGAGCCAGAUACAGAACUUCAGGUUUUAAGUGAAAAUAAAAGCAGGAAAAAAAAAAAAAAACAACUUACAUGAAAAAUUGUAAGUUGUUAAAAUUUGUGUAGCCAUGAUAAACCAAAGAGUGCCCAGGUCGGCCAGGACGGAUGUGCCGUGCUGUCACGGGACUUCACUGUGCUUGACACAGGAAUGUUGAACGCUCAUUUUUCUUUUUCACAUACCCCCUCCUCAGGCCUCUUUACUACAUCCCUUGCUGGUCAGCUAAGUAUUCCAAAAACCUACCAGAUCCAGGGGUUUUAGCCCUGGAUGUUGGGGCAGAUGCAAUUCUAAUCAUAACCACAAGAUGGCAGAGUGACCAUGCAUAUCUACUCCUACGAAUCAUGUAGGUGUUGGGAAACACAACCAGCCCAAGGGAAAAUUUCAAAGUCAAGUUUGAGUUUCUGAUUCGUUUCCCACCCCAUCCUUGCACACCUCCAGUCAGUGCCCAGAGAUCCAGUGCUGCCUGCUGAAUCUCCAACUAUUCCCUAGCUGCCUCCCCCAACCUCCACUCCCACCCCACCCCCAUUCAGUCACGGGGAAAUACUUGCCCACAGGAACUUUUAACUCAGGGGUUGUUGACCUGGGGCCAUUACCCCAUGGGGGUCCAUAGUUUGACUCCAGUGGGCUAAAGAGCCCUUAAAAUUGUCGGAAGUGUUUUUGUGUGUUUUUCAGAAGCUUGAAGCUUUCUUAAUAUUCUCAAAGUUCCCAGAUCCAGGAAGGCUUUUUAACUGUUUUGAAUAAUGGAACUUUCAGCCCGAUGUUUCUGCAAUGCAGAGUGAAUUCUGGGAUGCUUGAGAAGAGUGUU